AUGGCAGCACCUUCGUAUCUGAGAUCGCCUUUUGGGGCCCUCAAGAGGAUAAAGAUUUCUCCUCCCACCUCAACAUGCCAGCAACGAGCCGGAUUCAACACGGUGAUAGAAGCAUUGAAGGACCAAGAACAUGACAUUGAGAAGCUACAAGAGCUCGCCAAAGAGCGCAACAUCAAAAUCGACACCGAUGCGCCCCCAGCUCUCGAUCCCGAAACCCAAGCCCAAGUAUCCUCCCUCCGCCUCCCCCGCAGCGUCCAAGCCGUCUACCUCCGCCCCCUCCGCCGCGCGGCCCAACACGGCAUUCCCGUCUGCGACCUCCAGCUCCGAACGUACAGCGUGCGCAACAUGGAGUUCUUCGCAGACUUUGCCCUGCGCGCCGCCUAUUACCUGAACCUCCCCGCCAAAGGCCCUAUCCCUUUGCCGCGCAUUACAGAGCGCUGGACAGUCCCGCGGAGCAACUUCGUGCACAAGAAGAGCCAAGAGAACUUCGAGCGCAUCACGCUGAGGCGGCUGAUCCAGAUCCAGGACGGGCACCCGGAGACGGUCAGGGUGUGGUUGGGGUAUCUGCAGAAGCAUGCGUACUACGGGGUUGGCAUGAAGGCGAAUGUGUUUGAGUUUGAGGGGCUGGAUGUUGGGAAGGAUAUGGAGGCGGAGACGGAGAGGCAGAGGGAGGGCCUCGAGGAGAAGCUGAGUUUGUUUGGGAGGAGGACGGAUGGGAUGACGGGGGAGAAGAUUAGAGAGAUUUUGAGCAGUGAGACGUAUCAGAGGACAGCGCAUGGCGAUUCGCCGAUGAUGAGAAAAUGA